GUGCGGUCAGUCGACCAAGCGAAAAUAACAAACAAAUCGGUUUUUUAGCGAGCGCAAGGCAAUACACGAGUAGAAAACACAAUAAAAGCUCGCUACAAAGGACAGUUAAUCAGCAAAACACUUACAGUAUUAACGUGGAGGUGGAGCAGCGAGAGCGGCGUGCACCACGGCCUGCUAAAUUAAUUAUUACACAACAAAUAAAUCAAAAAACUGCCAGCGACAGUUUCCAAUCGGCAGCGUGCGGCCAAAAAUAGCUUGUAAACAAAGCGAUCGCUAGGAAUAGGAAAAGGAAAAAGAAGCUCUCUCAACGCCAUUGACCCACAAAUUAGUCGUGGUCAUUGCCAAGCGAGAAAACAUUGCAGCCACUUCCCACCGCCACAUCCCAACAAGGCGCACGUGCAUCCACAUCCACAAUGGCCAGCCGACAGAUGACCAAUGACCACCUGCGCCUUUCCUGGCACGACACCCAGAUGAUGGCCACCCUCAGCCCGCAGACCGUCAUGGACUACUUCUGCCGCAAGUCGAAUCCCUUCUAUGAUCACAUGUGCAACAACGAGACUGUUCGGAUGCAGCGCCUUGGUCCGGAGCAUCUGCACAACAUGAUCGGCCUGGAAUACAUACUGCUGCACGUGGCGGAGCCCAUCCUGUAUGUAAUCCGCAAGCAGCACCGUCAUAAUCCCUCGGAAGCCACGCCGAUUGCCGAUUACUACAUCAUUGGUGGAACCGUCUACAAGGCGCCAGAUCUUGCCAACGUCAUCAAUUCCCGCAUUCUCAACACCGUGGUGAACCUGCAAUCCGCCUUCGAGGAGGCUAGCAGCUAUGCCCGCUACCAUCCCAACAAGGGCUACACGUGGGACUUCUCUUCCAACAAAGUUUUGUCGGAUAAAUCCAAGUCAGAUAAGAAGGACGCCAACUCAGCGAAGGAUGAGAACAGCGGCACCCUGUUUCAGAAGCAGCGUGUAGACAUGCUGCUGGCAGAGCUUUUGCGUAAAUUUCCCCCACCAAUACCGCCAAUGCUGCAGAAUCUCCAGCAGCCGCCACCAGCGGGCGAUGAUCUGAACACAGCUAGAAAUACCUCCGAAAUGAACAAUGCCACAGGACCGCUGGAUAUCAAAACCGAGGGUGUGGAUAUGAAGCCACCGCCGGAAAAAAAGAGCAAGUGAUUAUUAUAACGUGUGUUGGAAACCAUGAAAACAUAAAUUAAAUAUAGAUAUCUAGCAACACAAAAUUCAAAACUAAAAAAGUGUUCAGUAACCUAGAAUAUAAUGUCAUUACUGUCAUUUA